ACACGACGAACCGCAACUUUUAUUCCACACACGUUCAUUUUUAUUAAUUUAUUAAUAUUUUGGUAUCCCCACUGGCAAGAUUCCGAUAUAAGUCUUUUUUUUUUGUAGGACAGAAAGUGCCUUUUUUUAAGUGUCCGCACUUUCGCGCCACUGAGCGAAGAGCUAGUUAGCAAGCUAACGCAUCAGGUUUAAUGUAAACGAGUCGUUCAAGUUUUCCAGUCUUAAUGGCAGACGACUGCAGUUAAAACAUCUCAAGGUUGUGACAGAAUUCUGAAAUUUAACAAGUCGUCCCACUUAAAGAACCAAGUAACAACCCACACUCCUGAGAACGAAGUCUGAUUUGAGAUAAACAGCACCAUCUGAUGUAACUAUCCACACACACAGUCUUAUUGAUUGAAGAAAAUGGAUUACGUCACACAAGAAGAUGUCAGUCCACAAUCAGAUCUCACUUCACUGCCUUUGUCAAAGCGGCUGAGAACCGAUUGUUCUGUAACCGAAGACGUAUCUGGGAACAGCACGUUCAACACUUCAGACGCACGGACAUCUCAGGAAUGUCGCCUGUCACCAAGAAACCUGCAGAAGACUGAUGGGCUGACUUUCACUGCAGAAUGUGGACAUUAUGAUCACAACUAUUGUGACAAAAUACAGGAUAGUACUUUAACAUCUGUUACUGAUAUUACUUUACAGAGUAGUAACACUCACACAGAAUCAAAGAUAGGAUGUUAUGUUUGUGCUGAGAGAGAUGGGAAACCUUCAGAGGCCAAAACAGACACACUCAGUCUGUGUUUGAGAGAUGAUACAGAUGGAUCUCUCCCUUGUACCAGGAUGAACACACCCAGUCCUCCUGACUGUAAUCAUCUAAGACUCUACAGUCUUCCUGAUCUAAAUGAGCAUGGGGCACAAACUGAUAUCAGCCAACUCAUGGAAGAUACCUUCUGUUCAAACCAGCCUGAUUACUCCUCUAAAGAUGCAGUAGUGGACCCAGGUCUGUGUCAAACAGGCAGCCAACCAACCAAAGCAGUGAAAACCAGUAAGGAUAGAGAGGAGGUUGAUUUUAGCGUCCCUCUGAGUAAGGCUGGGUGUGAAAUUCUCAUAUCUUUCAGGGAUUUUGAAAAUCCUAAUCCACUUUACUCAAACCCUGAUGAAACCUCUGGAGAAAUUAAAAAGCAGGAAUCAGUGCCACAGACUUGUGAGAGGGAAUUUGUCUCUGUCUGGGAUGUAAACACAAAGGGCCAAGCCAAUGAGAACAGCAUGAACAACACUCUCAUCUGCUCUGCUGCUGAAAGUGCAGAGAGAUCAGUUCCUACUGAUGCCAGGGUGAUGGACACAAGUGUUCAAAUUGAGAAUUUUGAAAUUAAUAAGUGCAUGGAGGCUGAUCAGUUGUCUGAGAUGCCGGUGGCUUCUGAAAUCAGCCAAGAGCCCGCUGAAGGAGAUAAUGACGCUUUUGGUGUAAUUGACCCUGUAAUCUGCAGUGAAAUUGAUAAAGAGGUUGAAGGGAGGCUCUGUAUCUCAGACAGCACUGAAGGUACAGAAUUAUCUGCGUUAGGACAAAUCUGCAGCGUGGAAAUAGCUCUUCCCCUUUGUUGUAGUGCCAGUACAUCACAAGUUUUAUCUGCAGACCAGAACAAGGAGUUCAACCACCAAGAAAGAACAAUGCAAGAUGAAAACAAGUUCAUAUGUUUGGGAUACACACAGGCUUGUUCAGUGACUAACAUUGAUACACAAGACAACAGAGCCAACUGCCAAUCCAGUCUCAGCAGCAGUUCCAAGAAGCCCCCUCCUGCUAAGGUGGGAGGAACAGAAGGAAGCCAUGAUCUUGUGCACCAGGAGCUGAAGGAACAGAGCCGGUCCAGAUGCUGUGCUGCCAGUCCUAACUACAUCAAGAUGCAAGAGGUUGAGUUUUCAGAGAAAGAAAGGGACAAAGUGGACAUGACAGCUGUGAUAAAUGGUCGAAAGGAAGCUGCACACAUUUUUAAAGAGAAAGAAAACAAUAAAGAAGGAACAUCUCAGCAACAAAAUCAACAAGAUGAAGAUGACGGAUUGAUGGAAGAAGAAACAUCCAAACAAAACAGCAAAUUAAACUGUACUGAUGUCACAGAAGAGCUUGCGAGUUUGAGCAAUAACCCACAUUGUCCAGAUAUUAAUGGCAUGGAUGGGACCACUAAAGGAACAGAACAAAGAGGGGUAAUAAAAUUUGGAACAGAAAUAAAAACCUGUGGAUGUGAAACGUCAGAGAUAAAAGGAACCGCGAGGGAAGAGUCACCCGAUGGAAGCGUUAGUGAAUGGUUGGAGGGGGCUAAAUUGCCUUUUUUACAUGCAGAUCAUUCAGAGCAAAGGCUCAGUGGUUUCUCUCCUUACCAAUACAGGUCUGAUUUAUCCAUGCCCAUUACUUUUCCCCCUGAGUGUGAUGCAGUUGUUCCAUGUCAGCCAAAUUUAAGCCAUUCAGAAAAUGCUCAAAGCACCUCCACAGCACUAACGAGUAGUGACAGAUUUCCCCCGUCUGCCUUUACUCUCAGCAGCCAUGUGCUCAGGGGGUUUGACACUUUUGAAAAGAUCAAACUCUCACCAGAUGAUGGUGAUGACGAUGUUGCUGGCCUGGGCAGCAUGCCUGUUCUCACCAGCUCGCCUAAAGAGAAAGCACCCGAGCAACAACUCCACCACCACAUGCAAACGGCAGAGCUUGACGUUCAUAAUAAGAUGGCAGUGGAGAAGGAUGGAGGAGAGUGUCACGUCGGGAACAUGGCAAAUGGAUUUGUUAGCAGCGAUUCAGCUUGUAAUGAUGGCCCAAACUUUCACCCAGCAGCAGAUGUCAAUGUACUCGCUUGGCCGGAGCAACAACCUGACUGUGGAUCGGCCUGUGACUCCUCUGAACUCACACACGAAGAAUCCAAUUCACAUUCAGAAUGUUCUGCUGUCACCCCUGAGUAUGACAGUGAUCCCAACAACAGCUUGCAGUUUGAAAUGAAAGAACAGUUUGACAGGGUGUUGAAAGAGCUCCGUUUAUUCUUUGAUAUCAGUAGAAAUGACUUUGCAAGCGACUGCAGGCCAUGUUCACCUGAGCAGUAUGAUGCACCCAAACCCCUGGAGAGAAACACAUCAAAAGGCACAGAGGGCUUCAGCCGACCAGGAGGACUCCACAGAGAUGAUGCAUCACCAGAUAAAGCUGUUGAAGACCACAGUCUGGAGAUGUGUGGAGUUGACCCGGUGGCUUCGUUUCUUAAUGCCAGCAGUGAUGGAGAACAGGAAGUGCCCCUCAACAGAAAAGUGUGCCAACAUAAAAGCACUAAAGAGAAGCAUGCAGUGCCCCAGGAGGUCGAGCAGAACAAGAAGAUGUGGUCUCCUUCCUUCUCACAUCUACCUGUGUUGGAACAACUCAGUCAAACACAGCUCAGAAGACUGGAGCCUUUGAAAACCUGCACCCGUCCAAUUCGUGUUGGACUCUCCAAACGAGCCAAAACCAAACACCUGCACCGCUCACACCCAUAUAAAUGAUGGUCAGAAAAGACGGCCGUGCACAAGUGUGGGAAUCUUGUUUCUUGUUCCAACGUUAUGUAACAGAUAUAUUUUCUGAUAUGUUGUUUCAUGGUUCUCUGUGUGGGUUUGGGUUUCAUGCUUCAGAUUGCCCCUUUUAACGGUGUGGGCAGUUCUCUUAUGAUUGCACUCAGCUAUUAAUUGCUUGUUGAGAAGAUGAGCAGCAAUUUUGCCAAAACUGCUUGGAGUUCAAGGGUACCUUGUGAAAACGCAGUGACAAAUGUAAGCCUGUAAUCUUUAUUCAUUAAAUAUUUUCUAUUUAUAUGAAUUGUUUUGCACUUGAAAUAAAAAUUCAUUUUUAUGCUAUAUUUAUGAAUUUCAUUUUAACCAAAAUUGUUUAAAAUAUUUACACCAACACUUAUUUUGAUGUUUGGGUUUAUAUUUAAUAUCUAUUUAAAACAAAGUUCACAUUUUUCAGACAUGUUACAUUUGUUGGUUUCUCUUCAGGUGUGCUGGCAUAUUUGCCAGUGUUGUAUGUUUUGUGGGCAUCGUAGACCAGAAUGAAUAAGAUGCCAGUGUUUUUGUGUUCUGCUGCUUUAAACAAUAAAUAAGUUCAGUUGUGAACCACAUCUCCCUGAGCUGAGU